AUGAGGAACGGUUUGGUUUUGAGUCUUCUUGUAGUUAGUUCACUGGCGAUGGCUGCUGCCGUUGGAAGGGACGAUGUUAUAUUGAAAGAAGGCCAUAGGGUCAUAGUUGUUGAAUAUGACCAAGAUGGCAAACAUAAAACCAAAGUCUCAAUCUCAUCCCCGUCGCUGCACCAGCAAACAGACCAAGGGGAAUAUUUUGGCACGGAAACUAUGAAAGAUGCCGCAUCUGCGCUUCCCAACGUUGGCCAUGGCAUUUCACAAGGAAAAUCUGGCUCCGGACGACAUUCAUCUGGGGAAAUUAUCUGCGAUGCUUUCGAGAAAUGUACUCCGAGGGUCGCCACUGCCCUUGGUAAAGCCAAAGAUAAGGUCUCAGACACCGCACAUGAAGCUAACAAGCUUAAACAAGCAGCUUCAGAGACCGCACAUGAAGCCAAAGAGAAGGUUAAAGACAAGGCUUGGGAAACCACGCAGGAGGUUAGAGAGAAGGUUUCAGAGACUGCACGCGAAACCAGAGACAAGGUCGCAGAUACAAAGGGAGCUAUCGGCAAUGCUUUAGGCAAAGCAAAAGGGGCAGUUGUGCAAAAGGGCUAA